AUGGCAACAACUCCACCCCAAGCACAUAAUGGUCAGAUCUGCAGUACAUGGGGAAACUUCCACUUUAAGACGUUUGAUGGAGAUUACUUCCAGCAUCCAUCCACCUGUAACUACGUGCUUACACGGCUCUGUGAUUCCAGCCAUGAAGAAUUUGUAGUCCACAUGCAGAGGAGCUAUGUGGAUGGUGUCCCUAAGAUCGACACCGUCACCAUGAGCUUGAUGGGAACCGUCAUCAUACUCCACAAUGGCUCCAUUAUAGUGGACAACACUAAAGUGACUCUGCCUUACAGCCAAAACGGAAUUCGAAUUGUGGACAGUUUUUCUUAUAUCAAGAUAUCAGACAAACAGGGAUCAGGGCCAGUGAUCUUCUGGAAUCAGGAUGACGCUCUCUUGAUUGAGCUUCCCACAAAGUUCAAAAACCAGACGUGCGGUUUGUGUGGAGAUUUCAACGGCAUCUCAGUUUACAAUGAGUUCAUUGAAAAUGGGGAGAGACUUAAACCUGCCGAGUACGCCUACAAGCAUAAGCUGUCUGAGAACUGUGAGAGCUUGGAGCUGGAGACUCACACAGAAUGUCAAAAUCAGACUCGGGAGUGUGAGGCGCUGUUUGCGAGGUCAGCGUUCAGUAACUGUCAGGAUCUGCUGCCCAUGGAGCCGUUUGUGGAGGCGUGUCUGAGAGACAAGUGUCAGUGCAAGGGGAGCCAGGAGGCAUGUCUGUGUAACACGGUGACUGAGUUCUCCCGCCAGUGUGUGCAUGCAUAUGGCACCCCACAGACAUGGAGGUCGGAGUCUUUCUGCAAGAAGCAAUGCCCAAUGAACAAGGAGUAUGCUGAGUGUGGGAUGCCGUGUGAGGAUACGUGUUCCAACCCAGACCCAAAAGUGUGUGAAGAGCAUUGCACUGAUGGCUGCUUCUGUCCCCAUGGUACUGUGUUUGACGACAUCAAACAGACUGGAUGUAUUCCAGUGGACGAGUGUCCAUGUGUCCACAAUAACAAAACCUAUCAGGCCGGAGAGUCUUUUACAGCUAACUGCCAAAAAUGUGUGUGUCAAGGAGCACGCUGGAGCUGCAUAGCUUUGGAUUGCCCUGGAAUCUGCUCUGUUGUGGGCGGAGCUCAUUUCACCACUUUUGAUGGCAAAGAAUACACCUUCCAUGGAGACUGCACCUAUGUUUUUGCUCAGGAUGCAGACACUGGUGCAAGAGUAGAGGGAGAGAUUGGGAAAUGUGGACAAACUGCCACUAAAACGUGUUUUAAAACUGUGAAAAUGACUGUGAACCAAAACACGAUUAAGGUCUCUGACACCGGGAUUGAGGUUAAUGGCUCACCCACAAAAAUUCCGUUUCUUCGAGAUUACGUCACCAUCUUCAAACCCUCCACGUUCUUCAUAGUAGUCAACACCCCGAGUCUCCGUCUGGAGGUCCAGCUGGAUCCGAUCAUGCAGGUGUACAUAGUGGCCAGUCACAAGAGCAAAGGCCAGCUGAGCGGUCUGUGUGGCAACUUUAACGAUGCUGAAGUGGACGACUUUAAAACAGAGUCGGGCAUAACUGAGGGCACGGCUGUGACUUUUGCCAACGCGUGGAAAACCUUAGACACCUGUUCUAAUGUGGUACAAACACAGCUGGAUCCCUGCAGUUUGAACAUUGAGAACGGGGCGUAUGCCAAGGAAUCUUGUUCAGUGCUAACAGAGAAAAAUGGGCUUUUUUCAUCAUGUCACACUGCAGUCAGCCCAGCAGAAUAUGAAAAGAGAUGUGUGUAUGACACCUGUAACUGUGAGAACCGUGACAAGUGCCUGUGUGCGGCUCUGUCCAGUUACGUCCAGGCCUGUGCUGCUAAAGGUGUGCUGCUUCAGAACUGGAGAAACUCCAUCUGUGGUAAGAUCCCACUCACAACACAGAGACCUCACUAUGCAUCUAGCAAGUGUCCCAAUAACAUGGUGUAUUCCUACAACAUGAUCAGCUGUAACCGGACAUGUCAGUCUCUAAGUAUGAAAGACUACACCUGCCAGGUGCAGCACCUGCCUGUGGAUGGCUGUGGCUGUGAACCAGGAACUUAUCUCAACCAUGAGGAUAAAUGUGUGACUGCCCCAGAGUGUCCCUGUUACUAUGACUACAACAACAACUACGUGCAGGCAAACAAUCAUCUCACAAGACCCGAUGGAGCCAAAUGUCCUCCCAUGGUUUACAUCAACUGCUCAAACUCAGGACCUGGAGGCAAAGGCAUAGAGUGCCAGAGGAGCUGCCAGACCAUGAACAUAACUGACUGUGACAAUUUGGAGUGUGUCUCUGGGUGUGCAUGUCCAGAUGGCCUGCUCUCUAAUGGGAAAGGAGGGUGUGUGGAAGAGGAGUUCUGUCCCUGUGUCCAUAACGGAAACUUGUACAACCAUGGACACGUUGCGACAGUGGACUGCAACACCUGUACUUGCAGAAACAGGAAAUGGGAAUGCACAGAUUAUGAGUGUCCAGAAACAUGUACCAUUUACGGUGAUGGCCACUAUAUCACUUUUGAUGGACAGAGAUACUUUUUCAAUGGAGACUGUGAAUACACCCUCUCACAGGAUUUCUGCAAUGGAAGCAUGGACGGCUCUUUCCGCAUCAUCACAGAGAACAUUCCCUGCGGAACGACUGGUACUACCUGUUCCAAGGCCAUUAAGCUGUUCCUUGGGGGAGAAGAGAUUGUUUUAUCAGAUGAAGACAUCAAAGUAUUCAAGCAUGAAAACAGUGAAAAGAUUCCCUACAAGGUCCAUGUUCUUGGCAUAUAUCUGGUGAUUGAGUCAGAAAAUGGGCUGAUUCUCAUGUGGGACAAGAAGACAAGCCUGAGGGUCAAACUUACAUCCACAUUCAAGAACAAAUUGUGUGGACUGUGUGGCAACUAUGAUGGAAAUGCAAGAAAUGACUUUGUCACACGAAGUGGGGAGUGUGUGGUGGACACACUGGAUUUUGGGAACAGUUGGAGCACCUCCGCCAGUUGCCCCAAAGCCGUCAGCCUGGGCGACCCCUGCAGCUCUAGACCUCACAGGCAUUCCUGGGCCACCAGACAGUGCAGCAUCCUCAAGAGCUCAGUGUUCAGCACCUGCCACAAACUGGUGGACCAUGGUCCAUAUUACGAUGCCUGUGUUAGAGACACAUGUGCGUGUGACACGGGUGGAGACUGUGAAUGUUUCUGCUCUGCUGUAGCUGCCUACGCUGCAGCCUGCAGUGAUAAGGGAGUCUGUAUUUCUUGGAGAACCCCUAAGAUCUGCCCUCUGUUCUGUGACUACUAUAAUCCACCCGGUGAAUGCGAAUGGCACUACAAAGCCUGUGGACCUAAAUGCUUAAAAACCUGUGCAAACCCCACCGGACAAUGCAACAGUCUGAUCCCACAUGUGGAAGGAUGCUUUCCGGUGUGCCCUCCUGAAAAGCCUUAUCUAGAUGAAAGGAAUUUAACAUGUGUUGAAGAGUGGGUUAGCAACACCUAUCCUAAUGCCACUACUGGAGGAGAUUUUGAGCGUAUUACAGAUCUUGUGGAGUCUGGGCAAAUUCCUUGCGGGAACCCUACCACAACAACAACCAUCACCACUACGACAACAACAACAGAAACCCCAACCACAACCACAGAAUCUCCUACCACAACCACUACAUCAACAACAUCCACUACACCAACCACAACAACCACUACCACUACUACAACUACUGAAACCCCAACACCAACAACACCAACAACAACAGGAAGCACAACAACCAUAUCUCCGAAUCCAUGCACGUACAAGUGUAUAUGGUCAGAGUGGGUUAGCAACACCUAUCCUAAUGCCACUACUGGAGGAGAUUUUGAGCGUAUUACAGAUCUAGUGGAGUCUGGGCAAAUUCCUUGCGGGAACCCUGUAAACAUUCAAUGCAGGAGGAAAGACAAUAAGGAACCAUACAACGAGACAGGUCAAAAUGUUGAGUGCGAUGUGUCCGUUGGUCUGGUUUGUAACAAUCAAGAUCAAACGAUUGUACCACAGUGUUUCAAUUAUGAAAUACAGGUUCUAUGCUGUGAGAAUACGUGCAUCACCACCACUACAACCACAGAAUCUCCUACCACA